AUGGACCCUUCCAUUGUGGUUCCCUUCUGGGGCCCUCAAACAUCCUAUUUAAACUUCUGCGAAGAGGAUUAUGUCGUGACACGAUUCAUUGCGGAAUUUAUCAACACACUCAGCAGCUUCAUCUUCAUCAUUUAUGGGGUCUACGGUCUCAGGCAGCUUGCUCAAAAGCAGCAAUCGGGUGGCCUUCGAUUAAUGUCGUAUUUCGGGUUGAUUGGAGUCGGCGUCUGCUCUGGCGGCUACCACAUGACUCUCAAAUAUCACACGCAGAUGUCGGAUGAAUUGUCGAUGCAUCUUCUCACAACCCCGCUUCUUUAUCGCAUCCUGAUCUUUCAAGCUAGUCCACAAAAGGCCAGGAUAAUCGGAGCCGUGCUUCUUACUCUGUUCACUAUUGUGAUGGUGGCCCAUAUGGUCAUGGAUGAGUUCAUUAUCCAUGCAGGUGCUUUCGGCUUGUCAGUGUACCUGAUUGCCACGCGGACCUUGAAAAUCAUUCCUCAACAAGUGCCUGAUCCUGCAAUCCGGGGAAGUCUCCGCAGAAUCUCAUUCUUUGGUUGCUCUUGCUUCGCCUUUGGUUACUUUGUUUGGCUGAUUGACGUUUGGGCCUGUGGGAUGUUGACCCAAACUCGACAGGCGAUUGGUCUCCCACUUGCAUUCCUGACUGAGCUGCAUGGCUGGUGGCACAUUUUUACCGCUAUUGGGGGCUAUGUCGCGGUCGCAAUUGUGGACAUGGUUACGACUGGUAAAGUCCUUGAAGACCCUACUAAGGAGUUCGCUUGGCCUAUCGGCCCAGCAGCACGAGUCAUUGAGUCUCUCAAUGCGCCCAAGAAACAGGAAUAA